UUUUAAUUAAAAUUUUGAAUUUCGAUUUGUUUCAAAACAAAAAUGAUGUGUAAAUCAAUCAACAGGUUGUAAUUGAAUAGUCUCAACAACAUUGACAUUGACAUUUGAAUAUAAAAUGAGUAAUAAAUAUUUGGAAAUAGUAUUGAUAAUAUUAUCAAUCAUAUCGUUGAUUGAUUGUAUUAUUGAACAUGUUGAAGAUGAACCAAUCACAUUACCUGAACGUUGUGAACCAAUCACCAUACCAAUGUGUAUGGAUAUCCAAUACAAUCAAACUAUAUUGCCAAAUAUUUUGGGUCACAUUAAUCAAGAUUCGGCUAAAGAUGAAGUGCAUCAAUAUCUGCCAUUAGUUAAAGUGAAUUGUAGUCCGCAUUUACAAAUAUUUUUAUGUUCCAUUUAUGUUCCCGUUUGUAAUGUACUGGAAACACCAUUAAAGCCAUGUCGUUCGUUGUGUAUUUCAGCACGUACCGGUUGCGAUGUGCUUAUGGCACAGUUUGGUUUUCAUUGGCCUGAAUAUCUCAACUGUGAAAAAUUUCCCGAAUCGGAUAAAGAAUUAUGUUUCGGUGAGAAUAAUGAUCACCACCAUCAAAAUGAACCGAAUGAUGUGAUUGAUCAACACUUUCCCCCAUCAUCGCAUGCUAUCGAUAUAAAUAGUUGGUACAAUCGUGCUAAUAAACAUCCAUCCUCCCAUCAUUAUGCUAAUCACCAUCAUCACCAGUAUGCUACAUCCAAUAUGACAACCAUACAUCAUUUACCAUUCAAAUGUCCAUUGAAUUUUGUUGUACCGUCCGGAAUGGAUUAUGUAUUUCGUAUUGAUGGCAAAGAACAUAAAGACUGUGGCAUGCCUUGUGAUGGUCUGUUGUUCGAUUCAAAAGAACGUCAUCUGAUACGCAUUUGGACCGGAAUGUGGGCCAUAUUCUGCGUAAUAUCAACAUUAUUCACCAUAUUGACAUUUUUGAUCGAACCAAAACGUUUUGAAUAUCCGGAACGUGCUAUAAUAUUUUUGAGCAUAUGUUAUUUUUUUAUCGGUAUUGUUUUUCUGUUUGGUUUUCUUCUCAACGAUUCGGUUGCAUGUAAUCAACCAUUUCCUCAACCACAAGGACAUACAAAUGUACAAAUGAUACGUACAAUAACGCAGGGCAACAAGAAUGAAAAAUGUACCCUUUUGUUUAUGACAUUAUAUUUUUUCCUCAUAUCCAACGCUAUUUGGUGGAUCAUAUUGACCAUAUCCUGGUUUCUAUCCGCCUGUUUACAAUGGGGCAAUGAAGCCAUUGAAUCCAAUUCACAUUAUUUUCAUCUAUUCUCAUGGACCAUACCGGCUAUAAUGACCAUUUUAGUAUUGGCUAUGAACAAACUGGAAGGUGAUGUACUGACCGGCGUAUGUUUCAUCAGUACAUGGAAUCCAUCCUAUAUGAUAAUAUUUGUCCUCAUACCGAUAGCAAUUCUAUUGAUUUUGGGAUUAAUUUUCCUUGUAUCCGGUUUCAUAUCACUAUUGAACAUUCGUACCACAAUGAAAUCUAAAUCACGAAAUCUGAAAAAAUUUGAUAAAUUCAUGAUCAAAAUUGGUUUCUUUUCCAUACUGUACCUGAUACCAUCAUUCACAAUGAUAGCAUGUUAUUACUAUGAACAAUUCGAUUAUGGCAUACCAUGUCCUAGUUUUACCCCAAUCACAUCAUUGACAUCGACAACCAAUAUCAACAAUAAUGUCAUGCAGCCAUCGAAACCUAAAUUAAUAAUUUAUUUGGCCAAAUAUUUAAGCUUUUUAAUGCCCGGUAUAAUAUCGGGCUUUUGGAUUUGGUCGGAGAAAACUGUCAGCUCUUGGAAUGGUAUUAUUAGACAAUUCUGUUGUUGUUUCAUUAAUCAUGAUCAUCAUUGUCAUCACCCACAACAACAAUUCGAUGAUUACGUCUGAACAAACACUUUUAAUGAGCUUUAUUUCGCCAAACAGAACAAUUCUUGUAAAAUUAAUCAAUUUUUAACUAAAUAUCAUAUGUAAAAAACAUCAUCCAUUCAUUCAAACAAAAGACAAUCAC